GCUCUGUAAAUGGAAAAUUUGAAAAGUGGGAAAAAAAAUUUCGAAAAUAGAUCCGGGGUCCAAAUAUUUAUUCGAAAAUAGCAAAAUCUAGGUUAAUUAAAUUACUAACUUCUAUCAAGGGAAGGUGCGAAACUCGGAGAGGAAGGGCGAAUAUUUUAAGACGAGAUCCGGCGAGCGGCUGUUCGUCGGAUUUCCACCAUUGCGCAGCAGAUCUACGGCGACGAAGAGAUGAUGAAGGCCUCUUCUACUCUCGUCGCGUCGCUCAUCGCAGCUUCGUCCCUCGCUCUCUCCUCCUCCGUUUCCGCCGCCUCCCCUGCCCCUGCCAUUACAACCACCGACCGGGAGAAAUCCAUGGACAAGGGAAGCUAUGCUCCAAAAUUCGAUGGUUUGAGGUUCAUAGAGAGCUUGGUGACGGCACACAGAUGAAUUUGGUGUUGGGACAAAAAGUUAUGGUGCGUGUUUGAGUGUGAUUCUAUACGUACUUCCAGUUUGAUCGAUUUACUCAUGGAUGAUAGUUUUCCAAUGUAUCCCUUUGAGUUUUUGCUACUAUAACCUUACUUUUCAUUUUAAUCAAUAAUCAUACUUGCCAUUUGGUGCCUA